UGUUCGGCACAAGCAGAGUCACAGACUAGAAGCUUGUGAUUGAAUCACUAUGCGCCACAGUAUGAUAACUAAUGAAGAUGUCCGCUAAUAUUUGAGGAUUGGCUACAACUUCCUUAAAGUGUAACCCGUGACGCAGAAAGAUGAACGCGGAAGAUAUUUCCAAUUGCACGCUCAAAACGUGAGGAGACGCGAUGGACAGAGAGCGGCACCGGACACGGAACGCUUGCAAGAGAAGCGGUGCGCAAAGUGAAAGCGCCAAUGUCCUGCGCUCGCUCAGCGCAGCCAACAUUGACGAUGAGACAAUGGUGGACGAUUUGGACAAUGUGAAACAUGGCAAUCUCGAACAGCGGUUAAUGGCACCGCGGUACAGCUUACUUCGUGAAGUUGGCCGGGGCAGCUAUGGCGUCGUCUAUGAAGCCAUUGCCCGCAAAUCUGGAGCGAAAGUGGCGGUUAAGAAACUGCGCUGCGACGCGCCCGAGAAUGUGGAGUUGGCGUUGGCGGAGUUUUGGGCUCUCACCAGUUUGGAGAAACGCCAUGAGAAUGUGGUGCAACUGGAGGAGUGUGUGCUGCAGAGAAACGGCAUGGCUCAGAAAAUGAGCCAUGGCAAUAAGCGAUCCAAGCAGUACUUGAGAUUGGUGGAGACGUCUUUGAAAGGUGAGCGUGUAUUGUCGUGUCCAGACGAACCCUGCUACCUAUGGUUUGUUAUGGAGUUCUGCGAGGGAGGGGACCUAAAUCAAUUUAUCCUGUCCCGUCGUCCCGAUCCACACACCAACUCCAGCUUCAUGAUGCAGUUGAGCAGUGCUGUGGCGUUCCUGCAUGAGAAUAACAUCGUCCACAGAGACCUUAAACCGGAUAACAUCCUCAUCUCGGAGCGGUCCGGUGAGCCCGUGUUAAAAGUGGCUGACUUCGGCCUGAGCAAAGUGUGCGCGGGUCUGGCCGCAGGGGUACGGGACUCUGAGGGGGGCCGGGACAAAAAUAAGAACAGUGUUAAUAUUAACAAAUUCUGGCUGUCGUCUGCAUGUGGUUCGGACUUCUACAUGGCACCAGAGGUCUGGGAAGGACACUACACAGCCAAAGCGGACAUUUUCGCUCUAGGGAUUAUCAUCUGGGCCAUGAUUGAAAGGAUCACGUUCAUUGACGCAGAGUCAAAGCGGGAGCUGCUCGGGACCUACGUACGACAGGGUUCUGAUAUUGUGCCUGUUGGAGAGGCGCUGUUGGAGAACCCAAAGAUGGUGCUGAGUAUUCCUCAGCGCAGGCGCUCGCAUAUGUCGGAGGCUCUCCGGAAACUUUUGCAGGACAUGUUGGCUGUGAAUCCUCAGGACCGACCAGACGCGUUGGAGCUGCACAGUAGGAUGGGGCAGGUCACCUGUGCUACAUGAACUUUGACCAACACACACAGGCUUUCCCAGAACAGAAGGGACCGUGAUGCUUGGAAAACUGAACCUUCCAUCGCUGGUUAAAUGUGAAGAGUACAAAGUGCUCAAAUUUAACACCAAUUGAACACAUUUGUUCAACAAAUAGAUUUUUCAACUGACCGUAGCUUUUUUGUUUACGAUAGUGAUUUGGGUAGAAUCGUCAGUAAUGUCACAAAGAGUGGUGUAAAACAAUGUUGUGAUACAGUGAUUACAAUCAAACCAAAUCAAGCAAGCGCUUUUAUUAGUCUUAAUAAAAUGUCAAACUUCUCUAUUUGGAGAUUUCCUAGUUGCACAUUAUCAAAACAUCUUUUGUCACAAAAACAGACGUCUUUCAGUUAUUUAGUAAAGUUACUUUAGAAUGCUUUUUUUCACAAGAAAAUAACAUUUUGAUUUAAUCAGAUGUCCUUCGCUUCUUUGUAACCUUUUAUUAUUAAUGUUUGCUGCUGUGAAACAAAAACAUACAGAUUCAUUAUCGAUGGUUGACAAAUACUUGAGCUCAGUUUCUAAAACAAAGAAUAUUGACAGUACACAAACAAGGCACUUGACUACCUUUUUGCUGUAUUUAUGCAUGGCUAUCAAAUAGUACAGUCAAUGUCAUCUGUGUCAACAUGCUCACGGUUUUAUACUUGGGUCCAUUUAGUUGAUUUUACUUGAGUAAAUCUUCAAAACUUGAACUUUAGCUUCCUUCUGUUAUACCCCAUAGCUGAAUUUUUUACUUUAAAGCCUUGUUUAUUAAUUGGCUAUUAAAAUUCCCAUGAUCUUGAAAGAAGCCCAAUAUUGAGAUUUUUGUUCAUGAUUGCAGAUUGAACCUGGUGCCUUGAUGUCUAAUCGUAUAACUGAGAUUUAACCUGAGAUUUCUUUUUUAAUUUACAGCUCUAACUUUUUAACAUGCAGUACGUUCUUUAAGGUUUUAAUAGUGGAACACUUGUGUGCAGUUGAAAGCUUUCAAUACCAGUUGUAUGAGAUUAUUUGGCCAAAAAGAAAAGAGCCCCUGGCAUUCAUGAACAAGCAGUGUAGAAUUCUUUUCUACACAGACACACCCAAUUGUACAGUUUUGUUUUUGAAGUUAUAUUUUAGGAUGUUUUUUUUCCCGAAGUAUGAAUUAUUGAACCAUUAGAAGUGAGAUUAUUUUUUAUUUUAUUUUUUUAGAAUGCAUUUCCAAUAUUGAACAGUGUUAUAUUGUUUGAUUUAAAUUUUAACAACAUCUGUUUUUGUUAGAAUUUUACUUAAUGCUCAAGUUGGUAUUGUUCAUUGAAGGAUAGGAGGAAUUAGCUUUUAUUUUUUUAAUAUCCUGAUCUAAACUAAACAUCAUAGAGAAUAAAUUGGAGUGUGUUUGACUGUUUAUGGGUUGAUUUUGCCUGAAAGUUUGUGUGUGCUAGUUCUACCUCAGCACUCUUGUGUUUUAGUAACUAAUUCACUAAAUUAACUAGCAGUGCUUUUGUGUGCGUUGUUUUUAAGAGAGAUUAUAAACUCAUGUUUUUAUUUAUUAUAUAUAUUUUGUUUUUGAAUAAUAAAUGUAGAGUUUCAAACUA